UAAGUUCUGUUUUCUUGUUUGUUUUAUGAGUGGAUGCGAACGGAUUAGGGAUCACUGCGCGGAUGUUCAACAUGGCCGAAAUGGACUCUUAGCAUCUUAUGAUGUUCGGAAAAAUAAUCCAUUAUUCCUUCUUACUGAUUUUACCUUUCAGUGAUGUGUUUUUGGAAGCUUUGCGCCACCACUCUUCCACUGGGCUGCUGCCAAGUGUUGUUGAAGGGGACCUAGGCUCGCGUCUCACGCUCCAGUGCAACAUUAGCCGGCCGCACCACCACAACCAAGCUCAGCGCAUUGUCUGGCUGAAGGACGGUCGUGGCCUGGGCCCCGAGCUCAGCUGGACGGUGUACGAAUACCGCGGUGACCUGGUAUCGUCGGGGCUCCUGUUGAGUGACGCUGGAAACUACUCCUGCUACCUCGACACGCCGCAUCCACAUAGCAGCGCUCAGCUCAUUGUCCGUACUCCCCCAGGACGGCUGUCAAACAUAACAGUCCAUCCGUCGACUGUUGUAGCCACUGUAAGGUGGCACAUCACCAGUGACGGAGGCUGCCCCCUCUCCCAUUUCACUUUGGCCUACCAGCCUACGCAGGAGCCACCGGCCAACAGCUCAGCCGCAGUCCACCACUACUUGCCUGUGCACAUCAGUCCUGCCGCUCGGCAGUUCUUUGUGUACCACCUGGAGCCGGGUACUCCGUACAUGUUCCGCAUGUGGGCUUCUAACCGCCUGGGUCCCGGAGAGGCCACAACGGUAUACGCCUCCACCUCGAAGCCGCUCGACCCCGCAGAAGUAGUGCAGAAGAUGUUUGCUGGCGGGGAUGACUUCAGCACAGCAGCAUGGAUGGUGGCCGUCUCGAUGGUCAUGGGCACCAUUCUGAUUCUCUCUUGCCUCAGCUGCCUCCUCAUUUACAAGGAAGGCCGACAUGAGGAGUUUCAAGACGAGGUAGAAGAGGAGGAAGAAUCGUCGACUGUGCCGCACAUUGUUGCCAACCCUGGCUUCGAGGUUGACUUGGAGGAAAGCUUUCUCCUAGAUCGCCCCGACUGCAAUGACAACAAUGAACGUGCGGUCAGAACCAACAACAAUUCGGUGGUGCGCCCAUCGCAUGUAUGACUGAAUUGACAGUGCCUGCCCGGUGCAUUAAGCAAUGAACCUAGCAAAAACAGCAGUGACCCACAAAGCACCGCAGCUUAGUCUUAAUAUGCCAGAAAAGCCUAUAAAUGUGCUGACAACAUAGGUUGUGGCCACAAAACUUGCUUUCCCUGUGCUUCGUUGCCCUAGUUUCUCUAGUGCGUUGUUUAUGUCAAAGCAAAAGACUUUCUUCAUCUGCCUGGAGUGACCAGCCAGCUUCCAGUGCAGCGCCUCCCUCUCGACUUUUCAGCAAAAGUGAUGAACAGAAUGAAGUGUGAAGAGUACAAUGUUCCUGGAAUCAUUUCGUAUACUUGUGAACAGAAGGAAGUGGUGUUUUAACAGCUGCAGAUUUCCUGCUGCAGGGAUUGAAGCGUUCCCCUCCCCUCCCCCCUUUUUUUUUUCAAAGUUUCCAGCAACUCUUCUGCUGAAAAGGAUGUAGUUUUGAAUAUAAUGACGCUUUGCUCUAACCAAAGCGUCACUGAGAGACUCAGAACCAGCAUUGCUUAUCGAAGUAGUAUGGAGGCAUAUUGACAUGUGCUGAAAGUGUAAAGGAGCAGUUCUGUUAAAGACGAAGGCUUCCUAGAACACUUGGAGCUGGCAGCUUACACCCCGCGAACUCAUGUUCGGCAAGCCUGUGAUGCGACUUGGCAUCCUUCACUCUUGACUUGCUACCACAGUAUGGUAAGCUGUGGCCAUUUUUGUUCCCUCCUUUUCCCAGAAGCGUGCACAAUUUUGUGCAUGCUUUCAUCACGACAUCGCAUGCCGAAGAGAGCUUUGCAGUAUGAGUAACGAUUGUGAUCCUUUUGGUUGUAAUGUCCUUUGUGUUGAUUAAGGGCAUGAGAUCUGCUUGUAUCUGUAGGGUUACAAGUGAGGCGAAGCAACCAGCACAAGAACACUGGGAUGUAUUUAUACCCAUCACAAGAUGGUAGAAAAAAAAAUGCUGUUAAUUGAAUUGCCUAUAGAAAGGUUCAUAUUCUAGCAGUUGCUGCAAAGCACUGUUUCUGGCAACCUUCUGUCCCAUCAAAUUUAAAGUACCGACACAUAUUUUUGAAGUUGUAUAAGCUCUACCACGCGGAUUUUGCACAUAAGAGGAUCACACUUGGCAUGCAUAAAGUUUGGGCAACAUAGCAUAUUCUAAUUUGAUACUCAAGCUGAUCUCAGAACAGCAGAUGUGGCGUCUUCAGUGUUAUUGUGACAUAAAGCACAAUUCAUUGGCAUCACUUAGCUAUAAGGCUAGCUAUGGUGACGUUGCGCAUAAGAUAAACAAGUAUGCUAUGUGCACUUGUAUGUGGCAGCCACAGUGAUCGCAGGAGCUAAUCAAGAUAAUCAAUCGUAAUGUAUCAUGAUAUCAGGACGCAUCCAUUUUCUGGGUACCGUUACCGGAACUGUUUCUUACAAACAAGAAUUAUAUUAAAUUAGUUAAGAUUUCCUGACACUAGCCAGUAUUUUUUUUUUUUUUUUUAGAGAUUAGGAAGCUCAGACCUUCAUUUGUUCAGAAAAAUAUUAAAGUAGAAAAUGGCAUGUCGGUGUUCCUUAAAGUGAUUCUCUGAUAAGUUACACAGCUUGGGGACCUUAGUUUCACAUAUGGUCAGUGAACUUCAGUUAAACUGAAUUCCUUAUGAAACAGAUUUCCAAGGUUCCCUCAAGUUUUGUGACAGGGAGACCAUUGUAUAAUAGAAAAAGGAAGAACCUGCCCAUGGGUGGGGUUAUUACAUUUAAAAACAUACCUUACUUUAGCAGGGACCUUCUUAUACUUAAUGUGCCGAAAAUUUCAUUGCAAGUUUAAUUGGCUUCCUUGGUCAAGCAUAUUGUGUUGGUACUGGAACGUUGCGUUGCAAGCAGACAGCAGUGCCGUUUACAACGACUCUAAGCUUGUAAUUGGCAAGGUAGCAUUGCACCGUUUUCAUUGUGGUUGCUGAGCUCUAGCACCAGAUUCCACUGUAGUAAUAUAUGUGUGAAGCGCUCGACCUUUGAUAGCUGUCAUAUGCCUGUCAGGUCGAGUGCGUUUAUGCAUCCUUGGUUUUAGUGAAUGAAUCAUAUCAGAGCAAUGUCUUUCUUUCUUUUCUUUGCCAGACAGAAUACUGAUAAGAUCAUCCUAGGAUGUAGGAAAAUAAGAAUCUUAAUUGCUGAUGGUAUUACAAGUAUGGGUCGUCAUAUUUGGCCAGAGCCCGAAGACAAGAAUUUUCUGAAAUUCGAUUUUAACUGUAAGAGGUCAGUAUUCAAGGGCAGCAUGAUGCGCUAGAAAGAGUAUCAUACCCGUGAAUACUUAUAGUUUCAUUUGCUCGAAAGCUCCGUAGAUUCAGCAUAGGAUUGGUGGUUGUGUAGGACUCCAGUAUGAUAAGCAUGCUUGAAACUCUCAAGUCAUGAAGUAGUUGUGAUCGGGACAAAAUUUGGAUGAAAUUGAAAUUUGCUUUCCAGUCAAGGCUAGUGCAAGAGCCUGUGUGUCUGCACGUCUUCUGUAACUAUCAAGCGUACAUGCUCCUUAGUGAGAUAAACUCACUGGUAGUUGGCAAUGCAUUUUACCACAUAUUUAAAUACAUAAACCUGGUUUUGUGGUUGGUUAGUCUCAUAAUUUCAUAAAAGUGCUAUCUAGAUGUGGCUUUCUUUGCACUCCUAUGAUUCUUAACUAAUCAAAACAACCAGCCAGCAUUCAUAACAUCUUCUUGCUAGAUAUUACUGGGAAAAGUGGUAAACUGUUAUGUAUAUAGUCACCAAAAACAUUAUUGACAUUCAUGUGUAUAAAAUACUCAAUGAUAGACACAGAGCACAUUCAUGGGAGAGUCAUAAAAAAAAAAACCUGUUUGUAAAAGAAACGGCAACUUAAAGGGCCAAAUCGCAUUAUAAUUUCAUAUAAAAGAAAACUGCCAAAUUCCUUUGCCUAACUUGGAGUUACAAAAUGCAGCAGUUGCAAAACCUGUGACGACACCUGUUAAACUACUGACACUAGCAUAUUGCCUGUUGUUUAUUUUGACUUUGCCUUAUUACCAUGUUAAAUGCAUUAAAUGCACUAACAUGUUUUGGAUCGUAACCUGUUAAAGUUAUACCAAAAGUUAAGCGUGAAGCGAUUAUUCAGUGCUUUGUGUUUCACACGACUGACUGAUAUAAAUUAAUGUCACAUAGUAUGGUUUCAUAAUUCAAGGGGCUAAUUUUCGUUCUUCAACUUAACAAAUUUGGAACAUCUUGGCUUCUUAUGCCACUGGGAUCAAAAAUCAGAAAACCUCACUAGUUUUUCGCUGUGGACUUUUUUAUUAUUGUAACAGAAAAGAUGGUUACAUCUAUUCAAUCAAGGCUUGAAGAACAGUGAUGUGGGCACAGCUGGCUCACAUGUUAGCAUAUAUAAUUACACAGGUUUGUUUUACAAAGUGCAAGGUGUACUACUUGCAUAAACUCUAAUGUUGUUGCUUCACUCUGCUCAGUUAGCCGAUAACUGAUAACUUGUAUUGGUCUUGUUUGUUUUGUUUUGAUUAUCUGGUAUUGAAUUGCGCAUUUUAACAGUCAAGUGCACCCCCUGCAGUAGCUCAGUGUCUACCAUGCUGCGGUGCUGAGCAUGAGGUCGCAGGUUCAACUCCUGGUAGCGACAGCCACAUUGCGAUGGCAGUAGAAUGCAAAAAUUCUUGUAGACAGUGCUUUGGGUGAACAUUAAGAAACCCCAGGUGGUCAGAAUUAAUCUGGAGCCUUCCAUCAUGGUGUCCCUCAUAACUCACUGUAGGUUUACAAGCUUAGACCCCAUAGUUCCUGAAAACUCUUCGAGUACAGGUCCAGUACGACAGUCACUAUUACUUGGUUGUCUUUCACACUGUUAAAAUACUGUAUUCUUUCGGUGCUGAAAGCCAUGAAACAGCACAGCACUCUCUGAAAGUCUGAUAUCAUCAGCUGUUGAGACAUAUUGCAAUCCACAGCUGUGCUGUACAGUGUAGUUUAGAAUGAUAGAAGCUGGAAAUUCUGAAUAGAUGUUUUGCAGUCGCCUUAUGCACCACUGUGCACCUUGCCCGUCUGUAUCCUAGUCGUAGCUUGUAACGUGACCAAGCGUGAACUAACAGUGAAUCUCUCUAGUUGAUCUGGUGAGGGGCAGUAACCGUUUUCAGUCAGCUUGUUUUGCACUAAAUAGCUGUCUCCUACUCUGUGAUGAGUUGCAAGUUCAAGGGAGCAUUGCGGGUGAUGCGUGCUGUGAGGCUGGGUUUGUCUGGUUUUAGCACUUUGCAAUGAACAUUAGCUUCACUGUAACAUAAGUAUUAAAAUUUUAAGUGUUCUGUCCCAUUGUUUUUGCAGAGGCUUAACUUUUGCACCAACCAUUCUUGCAGCUACUCAGGCUGCUCGAAUGACAGUUGUGGAGGUACCAACAUAAUUGUCAUGCUUUGGUGGCUGUAGGAACGUAGACUCAGCAGAAUUGAAGUAACAUAGUCUCAGUCGUGGUAACCAGACAGCAGUUCUUUGAACUGACCACACAUGACAACCUCUGGGAAGCUCAGACCUCAAAACUCGAAGCGUUCAAAUGAGGAUUCAGACGUCCAUUCCCAUUUGACCAAUGGCAUCCACUAUGAAAGAGGCCGUCACAGCCAAAUUGUGCCCUUUCUAUCAAGAGCUUCAUGACCUCACCUCCUCCUACCUUAUGAAUUGAUGGCUUGGGGAAACGUGUGUUCUUGCAGUUUCAAAGGGUGUUUUCAUGUUUGGCUCGGUCACACAGCAACAGUGUAGUGAAGGACACUUGGCAGCUGGUAGGUUCCUCAAGUGCACAGUACUGCUACUCGCUUUCGUGGAAAUAAGAGCAAGGCUGGGCUCAGUGUGGGUGGUCACUACAGUUAAUGUACAAACAUCGGCACCACGCAUCCUAAGGGUAAUCGUAGUUGCCAAACAAGCCUUGUAGCGGACAGGUGGCAGUUGUAGAAGACAGUGUGUACAAAGACUGACAGGAGAAGUAACCGCAUGGUUGAGCGAACUGGCCCUCACCUUUAUGACCUGCAUUAAUUUGAAUUUUUGGUCCACUUUUGGUGCCUUGAAUGCCAGAAAUUCAGCUCACUCUCGCUGCCAGAGAGAAGAACUUUAAUGAAAAAUGCAUACGCACUGGUGGCUCUUUGUUGCUGUGUAGUUGGUGUGAUGCCUUCGGUAAUUAUUUCACCUGCAUUUAUAGCUUCAUUCAGUGAUUCUUAGUAAGCAGGGCAUCUUAUUUUUUUGGCUGGUGGGGAAAAAAAAGGUCAUUCCUUUUAUGCCAUUUUAUGCUGCUCACUCUACAGCGAGCGGCACCUCCAUCCAGAUUUUUUAAAUAAGGCAAACAGAUGUGCUUGAGUAACAGCACAUUGUUUGCUCUGAACAAUGUGAACACCCAUGUAUGUGUGGGUGGUAUGUUGGCUGUGGUCUGUGGAAAAAUGUGUACAUUUUCAUAUUUUGUGCUGCUCGGAUUUUCAUUCUUUCAACCUCUUAAGAUUCUUAAAAGUAAUAUAGCAAUGGUACAAUUGAUUGUGUAGGUGAAAUCACAUGUGCCAUCACUGUGAGAAUGCUUGCUGGAAUGUUUACUUGAUUUCAGAGGAGUUUUUUCUUUCUUUUUUUCAAGUCAAUUGAUGCACUAGUGUUACUCAAAGCUAAUCUUGAGUCACUUGUGAUAUAGGCAAGAGCAAGAAAAUCAAUGGAGGUGCGAAGUGUCAAUAUAGAUCAUUGUUUGUUGUUGCUUGCAUGUUUUUGUUAUGGCAUGUUCACUUUUUUCUGCAGUUAUUACAAUUUCAAGUUGGGAGGUGAAGCUUGAGCAUUUGAAAAAUGCAUUUCUCUAGAGACAUUUUCGCCCAGUCAGGAGCUUUGGUGAUUGUGGAGGAACCAACUUACAUCUUCCGAAAACUUUUCUAGCCACGGUUGGAUCAAAGUACAAUUUCCGUUGUACUCACUCUGUUUUUUUUAGAGGCAUCAAUACUUAGUACUAGUUGCAUUCCAGUUCAUGGACUUGGGUGUCAAGCACACCAGCUUAUAUUUAUUUCUGUUGGGUUAGUAAAACAUUUUUUAUGAAUGGCUUUAGGUUGACACAUACAUUAGGUAGUUACUGUAGCUGUAAGGCAGAAGGCAAACUGGAUAGUGUCUUUGCAUUUCUCCGUGUUCAUAUUUGCAAGAGAAGUUUAGAAGUGUAAACAUGGAACAUCAAGAACUGCCACGCUAGAAUUGAACUUUGGUAGUGUCAGCUUAUGUAGAAUGCUCACCUGCUUACUACUUUAUGGUGCACUCAGGAUAAACAUAAUUUUCAGUCUGUAGUCAGUUGUCUGCAAAUGAUUUUCUGAAGUGUUGCAUUCAUAGGUUGAUUACUGUAUCAGAGGAUGACUUAUUUGUAAUUUAUUGUGCACUAAAAUACUCAUUUCCAAACCUGUUCAGCUGAAGCAGUAGAAUAUUGUGUGGUGUUGACUUAUAUGGAAUUCAUUGCCACUGCUACUGAAUGUGCUCUUGCUACUGUCGUUACUUACUAUACGUGCUGUCAUAUGUCAUCAGUAUGUCAUCAUCCACUUAUCAUGACUUCUGUCCAUCCGAAAUGCUUUAUUUAUUACGUAUAAUGUGCCGCUAUUGCAUUGCUUGACGUUGCAGAGAGCAAUUACAGAACUAUGCCUUUUCUUUUCAACAAGUAGUUUUGGCAACCUUGACACCGCUUUCUUUCUUUUUCCAUUUUCUUCAUCUUAAAACUAGCUUUAACUACCUUUGCACAGCUGCUUCAAGUCCUGUUCUUUACCUUGCAAAGUUGUGCAUCCACAUGCAAGCAUUUGUACUACCAUUGUGUACCAUGCAUUACAUUUACAGUGGUGUGCUAUCUCCGACUCCUUUGUUCUUGCCUAGCGCACUUUCUGUUGAGCUUCGGCACACACACAUCAUUGUUUUUAGAGCCAUGCUUGCAUAGAGUUCGAAUGCUGUCUUUUUCAGGGACAACCUUUGUUGUAUAUCCUAGUGCCAUUUUUAUAUUUGUUCGUUUUCCGUACGUCUAUCAGACUGUUCACAUUGGGCCACUUAGUGGUUUGUCGUAUGCUCGUAUGUUGUACAUUGUCGUACACUCUUGCUUUGCCUUUGUGUGGUUGUAUUCAUACUGAAUGAGUUGUGGAAUCUUGCACUCUUCUUUUAGGACAGGCACUUUCUUUAUGUGCAUAUUGUCUUAACCAGUGGUACAGUCUUAUGUGCCAGUGUGUUUCACUGCUCUUCGCUUUCUAAUUUUAGAUUGUCUUUUUUGGCUAGCCAAUGUGAGGAGGUAUAUAUGCACUGGCCAUGACAAACUGAACCCGUACACUUACCGUACCGGUACUGGUACCGUACCGGACGGUACGGGUACUGAACCCGUACCGAACUCAUGGUGAACCGACAUGUCCAACAGGAUUCACUUGUGCUUUGUAAACAACAGCACACCAUCUUUCUGUUUGCAGCAGCUAUACUGGUCUGCAACUGAGGUACCGUGCUAAUUAAAACAGCAAGGCAAAUUUGCAAUGUUGAAUCUAUGUUACAACAUUAUCUUACAACAAGCAAAUAAUAUACUAGUAUGUCAAACACAUGCUAAUUAAAACAGCAAGGCAAAUUUGUAAUGUUGAGUCUAUGUUACAACAUUAUCUUACAACAAGCAAAUAAUAUACUAGUAUGUCAAACACAUGCAUUCUUUUGUUAUUUAAACAUACUUUCUAACAGGGCAUUAACCAAUGUCAUGUGGCAAAUGCAUCCAGUGCUGUACACUGUUUUUCAAAAUUUGCUGUGCACAUUUUUUGUCAUACUCAUUUAGUUGAGCACAUCAGCACGCUGGUAUUGCAUUGAGACUUAAAUGAGUAUUGCCUUACUGCUUACUGCAAUUUUUUCCUCAGAUCUGGCUUUCCCAAACUCUUAUGUUUGGCUGACCACCCAGUCAAGCUUGAUACAUUCCUCACUCCUCAGGUAGUGCUGUUUUUUUAGCGCUAUGUGUGGCUGAAUGCACUUGUCGUAUCUCUGCGAUUCCCAAGAUGUAGUCUUCGUGACGAGACAAAGAACAAGAUAACUGCUGCUAAGACAAACUUGAUUGACGAGUGUACCAGAAGAGGAUGUUUUCGUUUCUUCUUUUUUUUUUUCCAUAGCUGUAACAAUGUCCUAACUGCACUAGGCUUUCCCAGAAGAUGCUCACAUAAUUAAGUGGGCAUAUUUCUGUUUAGUGCAAUAAACACUGGCCAGUUUCGCUUCUAUAUUUGUAGUAGUAAGGGCGUUAGAUGGUCAUUGCUGUGUCGUUGUCCUCACAGACAUCUGGCGUAGAGUUGGUGUCCUGUUCUGUGAGAAUGGUGCUUUCAGGUUGAUUGCCUCACAAUAAUGUGACAUGUGCCACUAUUUUUUUAUUGCACCUAUAGACGGCGCCUGGAUGCAUGGGUAAAAAAACAUGCCAGGGCAGCUCGACUGCCACAGACAUGCCGCUUCUUGUAUAACUGACCGGUCUCUGGUGUUUGCAUUUUUGACAUGUGACAUGAGUGGCAGCCUACGUCUGCGCAUUUUCAUUUUAGCGUAGAGAUGUUAGUGUACGUGAAAAAGAGUGUGUGGAACCGUGGACACAAAUAAUGCAUACUCAGUUUCAUUGUAAUAAAAAUACUUUGCCUUUUA